UCUCUCUUUCAUUCAUCAAUUGCUGCAGAAGGAAUUAAAAAAGUGCAAAGAAUGAAGAUGGGCUCACAAGGCCUUGAAGUAUCAGCUCAAGGGCUGGGCUGUAUGGGCAUGUCUGCAUUUUAUGGUCCCCCAAAACCUGAUGAUGAAAUGAUCAAACUUAUUCACCAUUCCAUCAAUUCUGGUGUUACUUUUCUUGAUACUUCAGAUAUAUAUGGGCCUUACACAAAUGAAAUCCUCAUAGGAAAGGCUUUGAAGGGAGAGACGAGAGAACGAGUUGAGUUGGCAACAAAGUUUGGAAUUAAUGCUUCUGCAGAUGGAAAAAUAGAAAUAAUUGGAGAUCCCAGCUAUGUUAGAGCUUCAUGUGAAGCCAGCUUAAAGAGACUUGAUGUUAACUGCAUCGAUUUAUACUAUCAACAUCGGGUCGAUACACGUAUGCCAAUUGAAAUCACUGUAAGUUAUAUACAUCAUCAGUAUAAGUUACGAUAACAAGUUUGUUAGUACUCUAUCUUUAUCAGUUUUUCAAGAGUUAAACUAACAGCAGUACAGUUAGAAUGGUCCCUAUGGUCGAGAGAUGUAGAGGAAGAAAUAAUUCCUAUUUGCAGGGAGCUUGGAAUUGGAAUUGUAGCAUAUAGUCCCUUAGGUAAAGGUUUUUUGUCAUCGGGUCCGAAGCUGCUUGAGGAUCUGUCAAAUGAAGACUUUUGGAAGCAUAUACCUAGGUUUCAAGCUGAGAAUCUCGAGCAUAACAAGAUCUUAUACGAGAGAAUUUGCCAAAUGGCAACGAAGAAGAGAUCCGGCACUGGAUGUACGCCAUCUCAACUAGCCUUAGCCUGGGUAUAUCACCAAGGAAAUGACGUGUGCCCCAUCCCAGGUAUUAGAGACAGAUUCAUGAUUUAA